AUGGCCACCAAGCGUCCGCACACAAAAUCACGAAAGGGCUGCGUGCGGUGCAAACAGAGGCACAUCAAAUGUGAUGAGAAAGGGCCCCCUUGUUCCAAUUGCGAGAUUCGACAUCUGGACUGCUCAUACACGAGGACGCUGUCUCCAAGCUCGGCCUCGGACAAGGCCAAGGCAUGCCCAGUGAGCCAUGGUGUGCAUCAGUCCUCGCCCAGCAGCAUUGGACCACUCGACGAUGCCAACCUCAACGCCUCUGGAGUCGUGCGCCCAAGCACUCCUUCGGGCUCGUCGAGGAUGCAAGAACUCGAACUCAUGCAAUACUGGUGCACGGAAACAUGCCACAGCUUCACCGCGAAGCACACGGACAUGUUCCGCACCAGUGUCGUCCACGAGGCCCUGAGUCAGGAAUAUCUGAUGGAUGCCAUCCUGGCUUUCACCGCGGUCCACAAGGCCUGUAGAACGACUGACGCUGUCGCCGCCGCGUCCUACGUCCGGGCAGGGCUGCAAUACCACAACAGAGCCCUCUCGACGUUGCAGUCUCGGCUGCAGACUCUCGUGCUGUCCGAGUGCGGCGCCGUCUUCACCUGCUCGAUCAUCGCCAUGGCGUCGGCGAUUGUCCUGCCCUUACUGCCUCAUGGAGGAUGUGACCAGCCCGGUUCCAGCAUCGAAAGCGUCUGCCACCUCUACGAAUUCAUGCGAGGCAUCACCUCGGUGGUGGAACUCGGUCGCCAAUGGCUGGAAAACGGACCCUUCCGGACCGUGUUUGGCGACCAUUUCGAUGGCGACGGCUCCUGCAUGAGCCAGGAAGACACGGCUGCUUUCCUGCGGCGGUUGAGGGCAUGCAACGACCAGAUCCACGGCGCCGAGUCCCCGUCGCCUUCGGGCCGUCAUCGAGUCUACGCGCGAGCGAUCGAUCGGUUCGAGAAGGUCUUCAGCGCGCACAAGUUCCGCACCGUCCAGUGGUUGGUGGACGCCGGGGACGAGGUCAUCCAAGGUCUGCGGCAGCAGGAGCCCGUUGCCUUGAUGAUCUUCAUCCAUUGGGGCAUGCUCCUGGACAAGCUGGAGGAAUUGUGGUGGGCAAAGUACCUGGGCCAACGGCUCAUGAAGGAACUUCUGGCCGCGUUCUCUCGAUACGGCUUGAUCUGGAACGAGGCUGUCAAACUAACCGACAUCCAGAUCGGCCUCGCGAGGGGGGUGUCCAACGGCCAAACCGGUGCGGAGCCGCGCCCGGUCUGA